AUGGUCGUUUUCUCUGUAAAACCCUUAUUCACCAUCUUUGUCGUUUCACUCACUCUCCUUGUCGUUUUCACAUUGCUCUCGCCUCGUUACCCCUUUUCCCAAAAUUGGAUUUCUGGAGAACCCUCACUGUAUGCUUCACCAUUUCGAUUUCUCUUUCUCUUUCUAGCUUUAAUUUGCCAAAAAGAUUUGAACUUUGAAACUGGAGGGGAAGUAGAUAUAUGGAGUGUUCGGAGACUCAUGGAAUGGAGACCUUGCAAAUGGUGGCUACAAGGACAUCAAACAGCUCUACCAUUGGAAACCAAUGGAUAUAUCAGAGUGGAUUGCUACGGAGGCCUCAACCAGAUGCGAAGAGAUUUCUGUGACGGUGUGGGAAUUGCUCGGCUGUUAAAAGCAACGCUUGUCCUGCCAAAGUUUGAAGUGGCUUCAUAUUGGAAUGAAACAAGUGGUUUCGCGGAUGUAUACGAUCUAGACUACUUCAUUCAACAAAUGAACGGCUUUGUCAAAGUCGUCAAAACGUUACCACCGGAUAUUGCAACAAAAGAACCAGUUCAAGUGGACUGUAGCAAAAGGAAAGGCCAAUUCGACUAUGUUGAAAGCGUUCUCCCAUCUCUAUUAAAAGGAAAGGAAAACUGA